AUGUCUGCUCCAGCUCAUAACUACAAAAUUGCUGAUAUUUCUUUAGCUGCCUUCGGUAGAAAAGAAAUUGAAUUAGCUGAAAAUGAAAUGCCAGGUUUAAUGGCCAUCAGAAAGGCUUACGCUGAUGUUCAACCAUUAAGCGGUGCUAGAAUCGCUGGUUGUUUGCACAUGACCAUCCAAACUGCUGUUUUGAUUGAAACUUUGGUCGCUUUAGGUGCUGAAGUUACCUGGAGUUCUUGUAACAUUUACUCUACCCAAGACCAUGCUGCUGCUGCCAUUGCUGCUUCCGGUGUUCCAGUUUUUGCUUGGAAAGGUGAAACUGAAGAAGAAUACUUAUGGUGUAUUGAACAGCAAUUAUUCGCUUUCAAAGAUGACAAGAAAUUAAACUUAAUCUUAGAUGAUGGUGGUGAUUUAACUUCCUUAGUUCAUGAAAAAUAUCCAGAAAUGCUAACCAACUGUUUCGGUUUAUCUGAAGAAACUACCACGGGUGUCCACCACUUAUACAGAAUGAUGAAGGAAAACAAAUUAAAGGUUCCAGCUAUCAACGUUAACGAUUCCGUUACCAAGUCUAAAUUCGACAACUUAUAUGGUUGUAGAGAAUCUUUAAUCGAUGGUAUUAAGAGAGCCACCGAUGUUAUGUUAGCCGGUAAGGUUUCCGUUGUUGCUGGUUACGGUGAUGUCGGUAAAGGUUGUGCUGCCGCUUUAAGAGGUAUGGGUUCCCGUGUUAUCGUCACUGAAAUCGACCCAAUUAACGCUUUACAAGCUGCUAUGGAAGGUUAUGAAGUCAACACCAUGGAUGCCGUCGCUUCCAUUGGUCAAGUUUUCGUCACCACUACCGGUUGUAGAGAUAUUAUCAACGGUACUCACUUCGAACAAAUGCCAGAAGAUGCUAUCGUUUGUAACAUUGGUCAUUUCGACAUUGAAAUCGAUGUGGCUUGGUUAAAGGCUAACGCUAAGGAAUGUGUUAACAUCAAACCACAAGUUGACAGAUACUUAAUGAACUCUGGUAGACACAUCAUCUUAUUAGCUAACGGUAGAUUAGUUAACUUAGGUUGUGCCACUGGUCACUCUUCUUUCGUUAUGUCUUGUUCCUUCUCUAACCAAGUAUUAGCCCAAAUUGCUUUAUUCAAGGCUGAUGACAAGGCAUUCAGACAAAAGUUCGUUGAAUUCGAAAAGACUGGUCCAUUCGAAGUCGGUGUCCACGUUUUACCAAAGAUCUUAGACGAAGCUGUCGCUAAGUUCCACUUAGGUAAAUUAGGUGUCAAAUUAACUAAAUUAUCCGAUGUUCAAUCUGAAUAUUUAGGUAUCCCAGAAGCUGGUCCAUUCAAGGCUGACCAUUACAGAUACUAA